CAGUUCACUGGAAGCUUCCAAAUAAUUCAGACUAGUAAGCCAAAGAGACGACCACGACGACUCCAUGGAUGUUCACUUUGUGAAUUGAUCACCAAAAGGGCAAAACAAAAAACCCCACUAUAAAAUGAACUAGCUUAGGAAAACAAACCUUUAUUAACACAGAUACAUAUUGGCCUAAAGAAGCAAAGAGCAAUGGCCGCUACCCCAGCCUAUAGCCUUGUUAGCCCAGCAGUGCCUGAAUGGCUAAACAAAGGCGACAACGCAUGGCAAAUGACAGCAGCCACUCUCGUGGGCAUUCAAAGCAUGCCUGGCCUUGUUAUUCUCUAUGCCAGUAUAGUCAAGAAGAAAUGGGCUGUGAACUCAGCUUUCAUGGCUCUUUAUGCCUUCGCUGCAGUGCUUAUUUGUUGGGUCCUUGUGGGCUUUCGCAUGGCUUUCGGUGAUGAACUCCUUCCCUUUUGGGGUAAAGGUGCACCAGCUUUAGGCCAAAAGUAUCUUGUCCACCAAGCAAAAGUCCCUGAGACUCUCAUCAAGCCUUUGUAUCCUAUGGCCUCUCUUGUGUACUUUCAAUUCACUUUUGCUGCCAUUACCACCAUUUUGCUUGCUGGGUCUGUGCUUGGGCGCAUGAACAUCAAGGCAUGGAUGGUUUUUGUGCCUCUUUGGCUUGUGUUUUGCUACACUGUGGGAGCCUUCAGUCUUUGGGGCGGUGGGUUUCUUUACCGUUGGGGUGCCAUUGAUUACUCUGGCGGCUAUGUUAUCCACCUUUCCUCUGGGAUUUCUGGUUCCACUGCAGCUUAUUGGGUUGGGCCGAGGCUGAAGAGUGAUAGGGAGAGGUUUCCUCCUAACAAUGUUUUACUUAUGCUUGCUGGUGCUGGGCUACUGUGGAUGGGUUGGUCAGGCUUCAAUGGUGGGGCACCCUACGCAGCAAACGUUGACGCUUCAAUAGCAGUCAUAAACACCAACAUAAGUGCAGCCACUAGUCUUCUUGUUUGGACAUCUCUAGAUGUUGUGUUCUUUGGGAAACCUUCUGUGAUUGGAGCUGUUCAGGGCAUGAUGACCGGGCUUGCUUGCAUUACUCCAGGAGCAGGGUUGGUGCAAUCAUGGGCGGCUAUAGUGUAUGGAAUUCUUGCUGGUAGUAUUCCAUGGGUAUCCAUGAUGGUCCUUCACAAAAAGUCUAGUUUGCUACAAAAGGUGGAUGACACCUUAGGUGUAUUUCACACGCACGCGGUGGCGGGGCUACUAGGCGGGCUUCUCACCGGGCUUUUGGCGGAGCCAGACCUUUGUGCUCUCAUACUGAAAAAUCCCAACACAAGGGGUGCAUUUUAUGGUUCUAAGGGUUGGGUGCAAUUCUUGAAGCAAUUGGCUGCAGCCACGUUUGUGAUUGGUUGGAACAUAGUGUCCACCACAAUAAUUUGUCUAGGCAUAAAGUUUUUUAUUCCAUUAAGAAUGCCUGACGAGCAGCUGUUGAUUGGAGACGAUGCUGUGCAUGGAGAGGAGGCUUAUGCUCUUUGGGGAGAUGGGGAAAAAUAUGAUCCUACAAAGCAUGGUUGGCAUGCAUCUUUGCACUCAGACAUUGCACCGUCACCAAACAUCAAUAAUGGAGCAAGAGGUGUGACCAUCAACUUGUAAGCCAACUAGUGUAUCAUAGGCCACAAAAAACAAUGAGAAAACAUGCUGGUAGGACAUUGAGUGUAAGAGGUAAUUAUUUAAUAUUCCGAGAAUAAUGUUUACUUCUAUUAUGUAAUAGCAGAUUCAGUAAUUAAAUGUAUGAUGGAAUCUGCAAUUCACGUGAGAA